AUGUCAUGCACCAUCGCAUAUAGAGGCCAUGUGGCCGUCAUCACCAUUGACAACCCAAAGACCCUGGGUGCUUUGACAAGGGACAUACAGCUUCAACUUGGUCACCAUCUCCGUGAAGCAGCGGACCGCAAAGAUGUCUACGUUACGCUCCUGGCCGGGACAGGACGAUUCUUUUCCUCAGGAGCCGACAUCCGUGAGGACCGCGAGGCGCCGGCCCACGAAGACAGGAGGCGACAUUAUGUGCACCAAAUGGCCGAUCUGCUUGAUCUCGCACAGACGUUUUAUACACAUCCGAACAUGCUUGUGACGGCACUGAACGGUCCGGUCGCAGGGCUGGCAUCCGCCUUGAUAUCGCAUUCGGAUUUUAUCUACGCUGCGCCACACACGUAUCUGCUCGCGCCCUUCAAUUCCAUUGGAAUCGUGGUCGAGGGCGGCGCUACGAAAUCUAUGGUAAGCCGUAUGGGAGCAGGUCUGGCGAAGGAGGCUCUGCUCAUGGCCAGAAAGAUUUCGCUCGGUCAAUUGCUUGCAUGUGGCUUCGUGAAUGGCGUAUUCGAAGCCGACGCCUCGGGAAGAGACGCAGAGCAGUUUACACAGACGGUGUUUACCGAGAUUUGUGAGCGACGACUCGGCACGCAUCUUAGCUCGGCUAGUCUACUGAGAACAAAGCAAGUAAUGUCGAGGUCUGACGAGAUCGCCUAUGAUGCGCACUCGGUUCGCGAGUUUGUUGGUGGGGUCGAGGCGCUCCAGCGAGGGUACCCUCAAGAUCAGUUUCGCAAGAUGCUACGAGGAGAAAAGAGGCACAAGCUGUAG